AUGAUGAAAUUGGGUAGAGGAGUGGGAGUCAUGAUAGCUUCAAUCGGUGCUUCAAUCGGUGCUGCCUCUCCACUGCUACACGAUCGAUCGGUGCUGCUCUCCACUGCUUCGAUCGAUGCUGCUUCGAUCAGUGCUGCUCUCCACUGCUACACGAUCGAUCGGUGCUCCUCUCCACUGCUACACGACCGAUUUGGUGCUGCUCUCCAUUGCUGCUCUCCACUGCUACACGAUCGGUACUGUUCUCCAGUGCUACACUCCAAGGCUUCGAGUUUUCGCUACUUCUACACCAUUGUUGUUGCUGGACUGAGGGUUUGGAGGGCUGGUCUGGACUGUGGAGUUCUUGCGGAGGCCAAGUGCCUUGGGGCGAGAUACAUUUGUGUGGAAAAGGAUUCAAGCAUUUUUACUUAUUGA